GACAUUCAUAUUAAGCUAGCUGCUUCAUCACUGGCUGCCAGCUUCGGUGUUCUCGGGCUGCAUUUACAGUGUUAGUUAUAGGCCGACGACAGUUUUACAGAAAAUGGCUCUGCUAACGACGUUAUUUGCGUUCCUGUACCACCUGCCGCAGGUGUACAAGUGGCUUCUGAAGCCUUACUAUGUAGCCUCUCUAUUUAUGUCCAUAGCCUUUCUAGCUGUCCGAAAGACGCCUGGCAUCUGCGACCAACUGAACACACAGCGAGAGGACGGCAACCCCUGCGACUUCGACUGGAGGGAGGUGGAGAUCCUCAUGUUCCUCAGUGCCAUUGUCAUGAUGAAGAACAGACGAGCGAUUACGGUGGAGCAGCAUUUGGGCAACAUCAUCCUGUUCAGCAAAGUGGCCAACGUCAUCCUGUUCUUCAGACUGGACAUCAGGAUAGGCCUGCUGUACCUGACGCUCUGCAUCGUGUUUCUGAUGACCUGUAAGCCUCCUCUCUACAUGGGACCAGAGUACAUCAAGUACUUCAGCGACAAAACCAUCGAUGAUGAGUUGGACAGAGACCCUCGUGUGACCUGGAUCGUUGAAUUCUUCGCCAACUGGUCUCCAGAGUGCCAGUCCUUUGCCUCCGUCUACGCUGAUCUGUCCCUGAAGUAUAACUGCGCCGGUCUCAAGUUCGGUAAAGUGGACAUCGGACGUUAUGGAGAGGUUUCCAAAAAGUACAAGGUGUCCGCGUCCCCGCUGUCCAAGCAGCUGCCCUCCCUGGUGUUGUUCCAGGGCGGGAAGGAGGUGAUGCGCCGCCCCCAGGUGGACAAGAAGGGAAGAGCCGUGUCCUGGAGCUUCACUGAGGAGAACAUCAUCCGAGAGUUCAACCUGAACGAGCUCUACCAGAAAUCCAAGAAGCUCAACAAGAGCAAAGGAGACAAGCUCAUGCAGUCCCAGUUCCCCCCCGUCCCCGAAGAGGACGAGCCCGAGCAGCCUGGGACCCCCGCCGAGGAGGACGUGGUCGAGUCCAAGAAGGACAAAUAAGACGGAUUGUACCACUCAGCUUUCACUUCUGGAUGGAACAUGUGGGUCCAGCCAGCUGCUCCCCCCCCCCUUCCUCAGUGUUCAGGUGUGGAUCAUGGUGUGCAUGAAAACAGCCACAGUAGCCCCCGCCUCUUUAACACUAGACCCCCAUAUAACCCCCGAUACAGCUGCUCUAUAAAGAUACAGAGCUGCAGAGGAGACUAGUUUCUGGGGGGGUGCUAAAACCUGCUCCAGUAUAUUUCAUUGUAAGCCCCCCCCCCCCCCCCCCCCCCCCCCCCCCGUGUGAGGGUUGAAGGGAUGCUCUGGCUCUCUAGCAGUGUGUGUGAGCGGCCCCUCUCUAAGGUGUGUGAGCUGCAGCAGACAGAGCCCCCGCUUUAUCCACCCCCCCCCCCCCAGGAGAGCCCCCUGUCCCUUUAUAGCUGUGAAUCUGAGUGAGGCGGAACUUCUUACUAACUGGCAGUAAGGGAGCACAGAAUGUGAUGCUACUUUGUUGUUCUACAUUUUUAUUCAACUAAUUUAAUUAGAGUAGAUUUUUCAAAUGAUUUUCUGAAUAACUACAUUAAUGUAAACACAAAUAAUACAUUUCCAGUGAUUGGAGCGCUGGUUACACGUUAGCAUGAGUCGGUGGUGACAGAACUCAGAACCAGCUGUUGCUUUGUAUUCGGUGUACGAGCGUUCUCUUUUAUACUGAUGUUUUUUACUUUUCUUUUGUCAACAAGCUCACCUUUAUUUUUCUGUUUUUAGUUAUACGCGCUCAGUGGUACUCCGUGUUCUACAGUUGAUCGCUUUGGUUACAAUAACUGUUCUAAAUGACUUUUUUUGUUGACAACAUCCUCAGGAUGAAGAGCAGCUUAACUGAACAGUUUUCCUCUCUGGGAGAUGCUAUUAUGGUCUGUCUCUCCGGCACCGUCAUGCUGCUGUGUGCACAGAGCCUGUCCUGCACACUGAUUGGCUGAAUCCUGAUACUGUUGUCAGGUUAGCUUCAUGAUGUAUUUUUGCAGUCUGUUCCUAAUAACACACUCCCUCUUUACUCUAGAUUUAUUUCACAUCAUUUCCCGCUAACAUUCCUCAUCAUGAUUUUGAGCUUUUUUCCUCUUGUAGUAAACUGUUAACAGACGCACACAGGAAGUGUUUGAAUGAGCUUUUUGAGACACUGACUUUAUUCCUUAAUCGUUUUUUAAUAAUAAUUUUGUAUUGUACGCUUAUUGUGAUUUUGAUUUGACCUUUUGUCAUGUUGCAUUUCAUUUGAGCUGCAUUCCAAGGCUGUGUGAAUCUGCUGCUGUACAUGAAGGCAGGAGCCUGUUUGUUUUUCAUGCAAUAAAACAAUGUGUACAUGAA